CUUUAAUUAACGCCCUUUCCACUUCACUCACUCACAUCACGCUCUUCGCAUUCUCUGCCACCUUCUAAAUUCUCUCUCUCGUUUUGAUUUUCUCUGCAGCGCAACCGCACCAACCACCUCCAUGGCGACGAAUGCGGCCACCGGAGCGACGUCACAAUCCGUGCGCUCUCUCCGUCCUCACCUGAAUCAGAGACUGGCUUUCAAUUCAACUGCUGGCCCUGCCUUAAUUUCAAGCUAUGGGAGAAGGAACCUUUCUCUUACCUCAAAGCCAUACUCAAUUCGACUUAGGGUUGCCUGCGCUGCUAAACCACAGACAGUUGAAAAGGUGUGCAAAAUAGUAAAGAAUCAAUUGGCUUUACCAGAUGACUCUAAUGUUACUGGCGAAUCGAAAUUUGCAGCUCUUGGAGCUGAUUCACUAGACACGGUUGAGAUUGUGAUGGGACUCGAGGAAGAAUUUGGUAUCAGCGUUGAAGAGGAGAGUGCGCAGAGCAUCUCAACAGUUCAAGACGCUGCCGAUCUUAUUGAGGAGAUCAUUAGUAAACAGAAUCCUUAAACUAAAAUGUACCCGAUGGAAAACGUCUUUGGUGGACAUGCAUUGUUAUCCAUAUUAGAUAUUAGUGUGGAGUAGUCAAGUGUUGAAUGUUUUUAUUUGCAUGUUCUGCUUUUUCCUAGUUUCAUUGGUCUAGUAAGAAAAACAAGUUAGCCGAGCCACUUGUUUGGUGGGAAAUUUAUGUGAAUGGUGUGUGUGUAUUUACAUUAGGUAGGACUUAUGAAAGUAUGUUAAUUAAUGGUAUUCAAUGUUAUUGAGCAGCAGCUGCCAUCACAUAAAAUUGCUGCACAACAAUCAGCAUUCAGCACCGGUAAUUGCAGCAUUUCCAAUUAUCUUC